AUGAAUUUAUCGGUAAAUGGUGAGUCUAAUGUGCCUCCUGGAUUCCGUUUCCAUCCGACCGAAGAGGAGCUCCUACACUACUACUUGAGGAAGAAAGUAGGGUACGAGAAGAUUGAUCUUGAUGUAAUUCGCGAUAUCGACCUUAACAAGCUCGAGCCAUGGGAUAUUCAAGACAAGUGUAAAAUAGGAUCUACACCUCAAAAUGAUUGGUACUUCUUCAGUCAUAAAGACAAGAAAUACCCAUCUGGAACUCGAACUAACCGUGCAACUGCUGCCGGAUUCUGGAAGGCAACCGGUCGGGAUAAAGUCAUCUACAGCAGUUUGAAAAGAAUUGGAACACGGAAGACUCUUGUGUUUUACAGAGGAAGAGCUCCACAUGGGCAUAAAUCGGAUUGGAUCAUGCAUGAAUAUAGGCUCGAUGACAACACUACUGAUGAUCCCAUCGUUGCCUGUAAUACCGUGGGAGACUUGGUGCCGGAAGAUGGUUGGGUGGUGUGUCGUGUCUUCAAGAAGAAAAACUACCACAAGGCUGUACAAAAUCCUUCCACCUUAAUCAACGCGAACAACAAUGAUGUUCUUGAUCAGAUAAUCAUGUACAUGGGAAGAUCAUGCAAGCAACAACAAAAUGAAUCAAACUUCAACAACAAUAACGAGCCAUAUGACGGUUUUGCACACAUGGAAAGUCCAAGCAGCGAGUCACUAGCCAAGAACUCACCUUUCAAUGAAGAAGAUUGCAGCUUUAAGGCCUUUGACGAUACCAUGACAGCAAUCGAACCUUCAUGUACCAAUCAACCCGGGGAUUAUUGCCACAGAAACGCUUUUGAUUAUUCAAAAGUCGGGUUGAUUGAUUGGGUUUCACUCCACCCACUGGAUCAUCUCAUUAAUGGAGAAACAUCCCAGCAAUAUUCCAGCCCCGGCUAUGGUAAUCCCUACCAAGACUUGUCUUUUUCACUGGAUCAAUUGGUGAACACACGUUCAGGUACAACAAAUCAAACCUCUCAAGUUUCAAGCCCUGAGACCGAUUGUUGGGGCCAUCCUCAAUAA